CUGCCACACACUAGUACGCUCACAGUCUCUCAUUCACACCCAGGGUAUAGACUAGUCCUCAUCACGUGAAAACCUCUUUCAUAAGCUCUUGACUGUGAGUGCACGGAUAAUAUAACCAGUCAUUUAUAACUCAAGUAAUCAACAUUAUCAAGUGUGGUAUUUCAUACCAGUGACCCAUUUUCUGCGUUUCCUGGGGAACUUGAAGCGUAGGACAGCUUUCAAAACAAGUUCAGUGUCUGGAAUCGAAUUAUAAACAGCCGUCGGUUACGCAACUACAAUGUCGAGGAUGCGCGAAUACAAGAUCGUGGUGUUGGGGUCAGGAGGUGUCGGCAAGUCUGCUUUGACCGUCCAGUUUGUUCAAGGCAUUUUCGUUGAGAAAUACGAUCCCACCAUUGAAGAUUCCUACCGCAAACAAGUGGAGGUGGAUGGACAACAGUGCAUGUUGGAAAUCCUUGACACUGCAGGAACAGAGCAAUUUACUGCAAUGCGUGAUCUUUACAUGAAGAAUGGCCAGGGCUUUGUUUUGGUGUAUAGUAUCACUGCACAGAGCACCUUCAAUGAUCUACAAGACCUUCGUGAACAAAUCCUUAGAGUGAAGUAUUCUUUAUUUCAGGACACUGAUGAUGUUCCAAUGAUUUUGGUUGGCAACAAGUGUGACUUGGAAGAUGAACGCGUAGUGGGUAAAGAUCAGGGCCUGAACUUGGCAAAAUCUUUCUCCUGUGCUUUCCUAGAGUCUUCUGCUAAGGCUAAGAUCAAUGUUAAUGAGAUCUUUUAUGACCUGGUUCGGCAGAUCAACCGAAAGUCCCCAGAAAAAAGUGCGAAGAGGCCUGGGGGCCGUAAACCAUGUUGCCUGUUAUAAGGUUGAGUGUUCUUUCAUAUUAAAAAUAGAUAAAGAAUGUUUGGAUGUUACGCCUUCAUCCUCUCAGGUGUAAAUUUGGUUUUGUUCUAUUGCUAAGGCAUGCAACAAUGUAAUCAUUCCUAGGGACUUUUAGGUGUACUUAUUGUGUCAUCAGUGAAGGAGGUGCCAUUGAGAAGCAGUGGCUUUAAGUGAUUAAAGCAUAAUUUCUUAGUUGUGUAGAAAAUGCUGUUGAAUGUUUUUUUGUUGACUGACAGACUUAAUUUGGGGGGGGGGGGAUAUGCAUAUCUUGCCAAUAGAAAUUUUGAAAAAAAAAAAAAAAAGGCUGGUGCCACACUUAUGAAUUUAAUGUUUUGCACACCAUGAUAGGGUUUGUAUAAACUUUACAUGUAGGGGAAUUUCCCAUGAAAAUAUGGAGGGUUCCCGUGUUGGAAAAUGUGCUCAAACUAAUUUGUUGCUUUAGAGCAGAGUCAUAUUAUUCAGACGUUUCCUGACUGUGGCUGGUAGUACAACACACUGUUUAUGAAAUAUUUGACGUGCAAGAAUGUGAUGUAGGCAUAACUCCUGUUAAUAAUAUUUUGUUACUCCUUUGUCUCGUGAUUUAGAAGAUAAACUGAAUAAUCAUGAUUUUUCCAAAGUUUCACUAGUCUAUUUUUUCUAGCACAAAAUUAUAGAAUAUAGCUAUAACUAACAUGGAAAGAAUUGAUUUUGUUUUUACCUGAGAGAGACAAAUUCCACUAUCCAUCCUCAUUGUACCAUUUCAUAACAUUUGUAAAAUAUGCAUUACAGGCAUACUUUGAAGUUUGUACUAGGCCUCUAAACCUGAUGAAUUCUUGAUUUGUUAAUUUGAAUUCAUGAGGAAUAUUUUGUACCUUUCAGUAGCUUGUAGUUUGUUACCCACGUAAGUUGCUUAUUAAGGGACCCAAGAGGCGGGCAUCGGGUAGCAGGAGGAAAUAUUGCAAAGGGGUGAGGAGAACAUAUCAAUGAAGCUAGUUUGUUUUAACAAAAGAAUUGUUACUGAUCUAACUUCCUGUACUUGACCAAUACUUGUUAUAAUGAAUAUUGUGCCAGAAUAAGCUUUGGUGAAGUCUUAAUUCAGGAUUUGCUACUUUCUUGUAAUUUCAAAAGUAUGAAUAUGUAUCCAGAGGAAUUUGUUGGACAUUGUUUUCACAGUCUUGUGUAAAUCUUUCAGUGUUGCAUCCUGAUAAUGCCUGCAGUUUGAUGUGGUGUUGUGUGCUAAUUGUCAACUUAAUUUCUAUUCUGCUGUCAACUAAUAGAUUUAUAUAUAUAUAAAAAAUGGAUAUGGAUAAUGUUUGCCCGAAAGAAGGGCACAUGUGUACAUACCUUACUCUGUAUUGUGAUGCUAAUAACCAGAUGAUAUGAAUCUAACUACAUAGCUCCCCAUAAAUGAGGCCUAGGAGAUCUAGUGAUUUAAGGACAGCAGAAGCUCCAUUUUGAAUUUUAAAUGGUAUUCACCAUCACCACUGGGCCACUCACCACCUGUCUCCACAACAAACUGCUCCUCUUCAAUGAUGACUGUUGCAAUGAAAUGCAUCAUGAUCAUAAUAUUGCAGUUUACCAAUGACUAUUAGUAUCAUACACAUUGUUUUCUACUGAAUUUAAUGCCGCUCUUUAUCAUAUAAGAAUAUAGGUUCUAAAAAAAAUAACCCUAGAGAUUUUGAUAUACUGUAUGUAAGGAUUUUAAGUUCAUAACAUAUAUGCAUUGUUAAUCAGGUAAAUCUAGGGUCAUUUUAAGAUUAAAUUGGCUAGUACUGUAAUCUAUCAGAAUAUUAGCAGCUUUAUUUAAUAUUUGAUAAAGCUUACUACAGUACUAUAUUUGUUUUCAACCUGAUAAUGUGAAAUAUAUAUCGUGUACAUUGUU